AAUCCAGUGACUGCAUCGGGUUUUCCUCAGCGCGUGACCAAAACAGAGAGAGAGAGCGAGAGUGUGAGUGUGAGAGAGUGUUCUCGAGAGAGAGCGUUGUGAGAAAGGCUUUCUCUCACUCACGAAGGAGUUUCCCCAUCAUCAUCAUCAUCAUCAUGACGAUGAACAUAAAUGCGACGUCGUGUGCCAGUUGAAAAUUGCAUUUUCCUUCAGUUCUGUUUCAGUUUCGAGUCCGUGCAGUCGUGUUGACCGGAGUGAAAAGCGACGUGGAAAAUUUGCAAAAAAUAAAAAGUUACAAAUAACACAAAACAGAGCGAAUAGAAAUAGAGAAAAGUAAAUAUAAGCAAACAAGUGCAGUUUUGUUGGGAGAGAAGUGUGUACGGAAAGGGGAGAUUAAUCCCUCGGACCUAGCAUAGAUACCUACAUUUUUGGUGGUCCCAAAAACACGGUGUGCUGAAAACGCAGAGAAAUCCCGAAGUAUCAACAACCAUGUCGACGUUACCCUUUUUGCUGAGCGUCGCCGACGAGCUGGACAACAUACACUCACAGUCCUACAUGGAUGACUUUGGCCUGGGCUUCCAUCCGCACCGCCAGUACUAUCGCACACCCACCAUCCAGUUGUCCCUGCCCGCCAGCACCGACUGGACGGGAUCGGGUCGGGACUGGUCCCAGACAGCGGGCAACAGGCAUACUCGCUACCGCAGCUAUAAGUUCUACGAUGACUCACAGAACAAUCUGGAGGAGGAGGAGCCGCCCGUGGAGGAUCCCCAACCCAUUGAGCAGACGAAGUUGCCACAGCAGUUGGUCCAGCAGACCACCCAGACGAUAUCGGAUCCCCAGCAGCCAACGAGUGCAACUGCCACUGCCGCCACAGCUCGUAAGGGACUAGGCAUGGUCAACUCCCACUCGCAUGAUGUGGGCGUUGGUGGACUGGGCCUGAAUCUCAAAGCUGGCGAGGAUGAGGACGAUGAGAACAUCGAUCGCACGGUCCGCAUGUAUAAUUUGUCCAAGAAGUGCUGCAAGAACUACUAUCGGCACGCCUUGGAGACCGGACCCGGCGCCAGUGGCAAGGUCAAGUGCAGCAAUGCGCGCUCCGAGAGCCACAAGUCUAGCUCCAGUUCGGAGGAGAGCCUCCAGAAGAUACCCUCGCCCAUUGAGUUCCUCACCUGCUUUCUGGUGAAGAAGUCACGCACCCCCAAGGCCAAUGUGCCAGUGGGUCAGCCGCUGAAGAAGACAUAGAACACGGCCCGGCUGCUGCCAGCAGCGAUGUCCACCAGGACCUCCACCAUCAGCUCCACGGCCACCAGUGGAGCCGUGACCAAUGCAACCACGGACACGGAUACGACCACGUCGAAGCGCCGGAGCAACUGCUUCUGAAUGUUGGCCGGAGUCGGUGUCGUUUGUGGCCAGGCCUGGAGUUGGCUCCAGCGGUGCGGGGAGCUUCCCAAUUCGGAGCCCGCCUCGCUGCCCUCCACGCGUCUGGGCAGGAUCGCCUACUAGGCUCAUUCGACCGACUCCGAUUCGCAGUCAGGGGUAUAUAUAUAUUUGGCAUAUGAUUUAUUACUGGUAUAACUUUUGGCUUGUUUGAAAUUAUGGGAAAAUUUAUCGAGAAGGAUCUUGGAGGGCUAGCGAUUUGCACUGGAAAUCAACUUUGGUAAAAAACAGGGCACUUUUAAAACACAAUUCGUAUAGUAAAAUUCUCAUAAACUCUUUAAACUUAUUGUUUGAAAUGGCUUUUUUGAAAUGCUUUGUUAUAAACAUUGUACUAAAAAUUUUAAAACCCUGUUCAUCAGUGAUUUUCAGUCAAAAAAUCCCGUAGCCACAAUUUGCAAAAAAUUACAGGCCAAAAGCAAUUUGAAGCUUAAAGCGAACAUAAUAUUACCAAUAGAAUAUAAAUAAAGAUAAACUAUUAAACCAACACCGAAACAUUUUUGCAAACCAAACACACACAAUUUUUAAGAGCCAGAUUUAUACCAAAAUAAGAAGAUUCCAGGAAUUUGUUAAGCAAACAUUUUUUAUACAAUUUUUUGAUACCAAGCAAACGAUAUAACUUAUAUAUGGAUAUUAUAUUAAUACUGGGAAUGUUUGAUUAAAUCAAGAAAAGGAAAUUCUAGCUCAACCGAAACCUAUAAGCACUACCUAUUUCAUUUUAACGAGAUUAAUAAUACUUUUAGGGAGAAUUUUAUAAACCUAUUGCCAGUUUACUAAUUAAUUUAACAAUGAACAUUUUCUUUUACAUUUUGACUGACUUAAAGGUACUGGUUGAGCUCGAAACUCCUAGCAAUUUUAUAAAUGCUGUUAGCUGUUUUAAGCCAAAUAAAUUGCGGGCUAAUUUAAUGGGUCUUCUGAAACACACACAUACACACAAAAACAAGGAUACACCAAUAGCAAUGUUUCAUUUUCACGCAGACACAGUAAAGUUUAGUUUUCUCCCAUUUUUCGCAGCUAACUGAAAACUGUUGGCAAAAAAAGCGAAAAUUUCUGAAAAGCUGGGAGAACUUUUGCACAAUGUCGGCAAGUGUUUGGGCUAAAAGGGUGGAAUGGGGCCGGCAGUGGGCCCCAUAAAGAGUGAAACAUGUUUUCAAUUUCCUUUUUUCGGGGGACUGUAAACAAGUCAAUAGCAAACUACGGCUAAGGACAAACACACAGAAGACCUUGGUCCCAAUUUCAAAUUAGUAAAAAAAAAGCAAAACAGGAAAAAAUGCAACGCAAACAAGAUUUUGUAGCAGAAUUGUAAACGAAAUAAAAACACGUUGGCCGGGCUUGCGUCUAGUUGAAAGCCCGGAGCUGGCCCGGAGCUGGCCCGGAGCUGGCCCGGAGCUGGAGUACAGAUAUAGCAGAAUAAAUAUAUAUUUAUAGUUUUGUAGUCAGAUAUUCUCUUGCGUGUUCUAAAUAUAUUCUAAAUGUUGGAAAAUAAAAUAUUUCAAAUGUAUUUACAACUAAUCAAGAAGAUCAUUUUAUAUAUAUAUAUAUAUAUAUAUAUAUGGUAUAUCUAUACUAUAUGUGUAGUCACACUGUUUGCACUUUUCAGAGUUUAGAAACGAAAAACAUAUAAUACAAGUACGGAAAAUAUAUCUAUGUAUGUCUCAAAACUCAUAGCUUUAUCGCAACACAAAAUUUGAAGUCAAAACUCAGCAUCAUAUUUCUCAGAUAAUUGUAAUACCUAAGAGCUCCAAGUCGGAACCACAUAAAAGCCACAAACAAAAUGUUAAUAAAAAUUACCUAGUUGUAGUUUGGAAUAACGAUUUUUGCCAGUAGCUCUUGCAGAACUUUUAUCUAGAUGGAAAAACAUUUUAACAUUGGCCAACUCGGCCACCACUCAUCUAACCAAUGUAACCGAAGUAAUUUAGACGUUCCUCAGAACAAGAUCAUUUGCAUGGCAAUGGAAAACCUCUCGUAACUACAUACUUUAUCAACAAAGAAAACACUCAACGCAUAUCAUUCCAAUACAAUAGAUUUCAGCUAAAUCAUAUUCAACUUGAGAUUAAAUAAAUAAAUAUGCGAAAAAAUAAA